CUUUCUAUACGUAUAUACAAUAAUAGUUAUUAGUAGUUUAAAUUCAUUGAUAAACAUUUCACAAAUACAUUGAAAAUUUAAUAUAAGUAUCAGCUGACGUUAGGUUUUUUUUUCUGUCAUUUGUUUGUAUAUAUAUAUAUAUCUAUAUAACAGUGAAUACGGAUGUCACGAUUGUGUGAUGCCACUUGGAGGUUACGUUUUGCAAUGUUAUUAAAUCGUCUUUAUAAUAAAGUUUAUUUAUUUAAUAAAACAAUAAGACUUAUGAGAGUGAUAGUGAAAAAUGAUUUCAUCAUGUCUCAAAGAAUGUCAUUUAAAUUUUCUCAAAUUUUUCAUCAUCUCGAAUAAUAAUACGUGUAAGAAAAAAACUUCAAAACAAAAGUUCGAUAUGGUUCCAAAUAAAAUAAUUGUUCUAUUAGUUUUUUUCUCCGGUAUUAUUGCCGCAUUUAUUGGUACACUUUUGCAUCGUUAUUUUUGUGAGACAUACGAUUUUACAGGCGGUGUAAAAAUAUUUUCACCUCUUCCGGGUGAAAAUUUCCUCAACACCUACGAGGAGGGUAUAAUUGAAAUAGAAAAAAAUUCUCCCAAUCUCAUUAUUGAUAAAUGGGAUUCACAUAAUAAUGCAGCAUCCGUAUCGGAGGCACUUACAUCACUUCAUUUGGCACUUGAAAUGAAACACACGGGUAAAAAGAAAAAAGCAGUAAAAUUAUUUCAACAUGCAGUUGCACUUGCACCCGAGCAUCCCGAUAUAUUAAAUCGUUAUGGUGAAUUUUUGGAAUAUACAGAAAAUGAUAUUGUCAAGGCAAAUGAAUAUUAUGUACGUGCAUUAACAUAUCAGCCAAAUCAUGAGAGUGCAUUGUUAAAUCGUGAACGUACGGCAAGAGUUGUUGAGGAACUUGAUCGUAUUAUGUUGAGGCGAAUUGAUGAGAAACGAAAUUCAUUAUCGGCAAUACCCGAUAAUGAUGCGGCAUUAAUAAGAGCAAAAAAAGAAGCAUAUUUUCAACAUAUCUAUCAUACAGUGGGAAUUGAGGGUAAUACAAUGAAUUUGGCACAAACGCGAGCAAUUGUUGAGACAAGAACGGCAGUCGCUGGAAAAAGUAUCGAUGAGCAUAAUGAAAUUCUUGGUCUUGAUGCUGCAAUGAAAUAUAUUAAUGCCACACUUGUUAAUAGGGUGGGAUCAAUAUCAAUAAAGGAUAUAUUGGAAAUUCAUAGACGAGUAUUGGGUCACGUGGAUCCUAUUGAAGGUGGACAAUUUAGACGUACUCAGGUUUAUGUUGGUGGACAUAUUCCACCUGGACCUGGGGAUAUUCAUUAUUUAAUGGAGGAAUUCGCUUCCUGGUUAAAUAGCGAGCAAGCUAUUAGAUUACAUCCCGUUAGAUACGCAGCUUUGGCUCACUACAAAUUAGUGCAUAUUCAUCCAUUUUCCGAUGGCAAUGGAAGAACAUCUCGUCUUUUAAUGAAUAUGAUUUUAAUGCAAGCUGGCUAUCCACCGGUAAUAAUUCACAAACGUCAUCGUCAUGAAUAUUAUGAAAAUUUACAAAUAGCAAAUGGAGGCGAUGUGAGACCAUUUGUGAGAUUUAUCGCUGAAUGUACUGAACAAACACUUGAUCUAUUUCUUUGGGCAACUAGUGAAUUUUCCAAACAAGUCCCAGCAUUAAGUCAAGACAGUAUAUCACGCGAUAAACAAAAUACAAUUAUUCUUGACGCCGACGAUACAAGUGAUUUUGAUCAAGAUUAUUGAAAUACGUGCAAUUUAGAUACAAAUUCAAAUAUUGACAUUUAUCGUCAAAAUAAAAUGACGAAGAAGAAAAUUAGUAAAUUACUAGAAAAGUGUGAAUUUUUCAUAAGGAGAGAAAAUCUUUGGAAAAAAAGGUACUAUUAUUUUUUUUCAAAUAAUUAUUUUUUAUGUUUGGUCUUGACUUUUUUCCUGAUCAGAACCAAUUUUAUUAAUAUCUAAAUGUAUAUAAUAUAUAUAUAUUAGCAAUAAUGUGUAUAAAAAUUUUAAUCAAGCAAAUGCUGAUUGUAAAUAUCGCACAAAAGGCUGUAAGUCCAAAAAACACAAGAGAUUUUUUGCAAAAAAAAAAGUGUCCUGAGAUUUAUAUAUUUAAAUCAUAUAAAUAUAGAUUUGACUAAAUUUCUUUCAAAGAAAUUUUAAAUAGAAAUAUUUUAGUCAAUUUCUGUUAUUUUAGUACUUAAUUUAAAUUAUUUUUAUUUAUUUGUGACAAAUGUCUAUUGACAUUUUUUAUUUCAAUUCUUAAUUUUAAAAAUUAAAAAAACUACGACACCCAAAGAUGAAUAAAAGAAAAUAAAUUACAAUAAA